GGAGGUUUACGUGCACGUGUUAAAGAGUAUUUUAGAUCUCAAAAGCGAAAGAAUUCGGCGGUGCUCUAAAGCUCUAAAGCGAUAGAAUCUUUACACCUUCAAACAUCGUAGCACUUCGAAUUUCCUGGCGUUGUGCAUGGUGUGUGCCAUGUGAAGGAACUACCUGCGUAUGGAUGCAACAGAGAGUGAAAUAAUCGAAUAUGAAAGAUAUACGUAUAGAUGAUAACAUCUGUAUCGUGCAUACACCAACCCCGUUCCCUAUAAUCUUCGUUACUAUCCAACAAUUACGUUAUAAAACACUACUUGGAACAUCGAGGAAACUACAAAACGGACCCUUUACUGGGAAAUAAUAACUCGGACUUUCCGGAUACUCUGCGUGUGAUAUGUAACAGUCCUACACUGAAUGAUUAAUGAGAAUAGUUUAUUGAUCUUCGUUGGCCGCUGUUUUACGAACAUUUACAUCAGGGUGAAAGUUAUUUCGUUCCAUGUUUCUAAAGAACAUUCAGUGAAAUGAGCAUGUUUAACGUGAACAUUCGUCAAGUACUGUACAUAGUGGAAUUGGCUGGAAUGUUCACGUGCACCUGGCCAGUUGAUCCGAAUAGUAGUAAGAAACAAAUCUUUCUUCGCAACAUCCGAUGGUCGUUUGCGAUAUUAAAUGUUAUUUUCCUAACGAUAUCCUUGGUGUUCGCUAUCUUUCACUUUCGACACGAUAUACCUAUUUUAAUGAAAACUGCCUCCGAAGUAACAGCUCUACUGGAGGUGCUCUUCGAUUUGAUUCUUUGUAGAAGGAAUAACGCUCAACUACAGGUUCUGAUAGGAAAAGUCAAAGCAUUCCUAGAAGUGGCCGGUGAACACGAGACCAAGGCAAUAGAAAGAUACAUGGAUCGUUACAAGCAAUUUCUCUCGGUAACUGCAAUGGGGUAUAUCACAACCGCGGUCUCAUUUAGUUUGGCGCCUUUCUUCUCGGCCCAAGAAUUACCAGCAGAUGGAUGGCUUCCAUUUUCCACCGAAUCGCUCGGAAUAUAUUGCAUGGUCUACGUUAACCAAGUCUACUGCAUUUUUCAAACGGCAUUCUGCAUUGGCGUUGAUUUCACGAUCGCUGUUUUGUUCAGUUUCUCCGCAGCCAGACUAGACAUACUAAGAAUGAAACUACGGCAUGUAGAUAGCUCUGACAUACUGGUAAGCUGUAUCAAGGAACACCAAGAAAUAAUAGGAUUUGUGGAGGAUACUAAAGCUACUGUUGAGACUUUAUUAUUCAAAACGAACGCCACGAUGGGAAGCGCUGUGAUAUGCGGAGCUUUCCCUCUGAUUUACAAUCAAUCAUUGGCCGUAAUGAGUCAGUAUCUUUCUUUCGUGGUGUCUGGUUGUACCCGCCUGUACGUCAUCUCCUGGCCAGCGGACGAUUUAAAAGAAAGUAGCGUGCAGUUCGCAAAAUCGAUCACCGACGUUCAGUGGUUAGGAAAGCCAAAAAACAUGAAAAGCUCCUUGCUUAUUAUGAUGCAGAGAAGUCAGAAACCGCUACUCAUUAGAAUGAGUGGUUUGCUACCGCCUCUUACCUUGGAAUAUUUCGCAAACUUUAUAACUACAGUAUCGUCCUACUUCAUGGCAAUGAGAUCAAUGAUUGAAUCGUAAUUUUCCUGAUAUACGUUAUUUGAAUAUGUAAAUUACUGAAACAUGUAAUAAAUUUAUUGCGUUCGAGCAGAAAA